UGUCAACUGGCGGUUUCCGUGGUCACCGUGAGAUUGGUUCCGCCGUCGGUUUCCUCCUGCAGCACUAGUACGAUAAGAAGAGAAGCGGCGUCGAGACACAAGACUCACCUCCACCACCUCCACCACCUUUAAUAACUCUACUGUACAAUGAAACUCUUAGCAAUAUCUCCCUCUCUCGAUAUCCGCUUCGUCACGGUUGUACUGCUGGUGAUGGGCCUCUCUACUCCUGGCCAAGCAGAAAUCACCAGUCUGGAUUCAGGCAACAUUGAUGACGUCCUAAAUAAUGCUGGGGUGGCAAUAGUCAAUUUUUAUGCAGACUGGUGCAGGUUCAGUCAGAUGCUCCAUCCAAUUUUUGAGGAGGCAUCUAACUUAGUGAGGGAGGAGUUCCCUGAAACCAAGCAGGUGGUGUUUGCCCGAGUCGACUGUGACCAACAUUCGGACAUAGCCCAGCGGUACCGCAUCACCAAGUAUCCAACAUUGAAGUUGUUCCGCAAUGGGAUGAUGAUGAAGAGGGAGUACAGGGGUCAGAGGUCGGUGGCGGCCAUUGCUGACUUCAUCCGCCAGCAGCAGGUCGACCCUGUGAAAGAGAUGCACUCAAUGGCGGAGAUUAAUACUCUGGAUAGGAGCAAGAGAAACAUCAUCGCUUACUUUGAAAGUAAGGACUCCGAUAACUACCACACAUAUGAAAAAGUUUCCAACAUCCUUCGAGAUGACUGCACAUUCUUGGCUGCCUUUGGAGCCGUAUCUGAGCCCGAGCGCUUCAGUGGAGACAAUGUAAUCUACAAGCCUGUGGGGGAGAGCGUCCCUGACAUGGUCUACCUCGGCUCACUCAGCAACUUCGACCUGACCUACGCUUGGGCCCAGGACAAGUGUGUGCCUCUGGUCAGGGAGAUCACCUUUGAAAAUGGAGAGGAGCUGACUGAAGAAGGAAUCCCGUUCCUCAUCUUGUUCCACGUUAGAGAAGACACAGAGAGCUUAGAGAAGUUCCAGCAUGAAGUGGCUCGCCAGCUCAUCAGCGAGAAAGGGUCUAUAAACUUCCUGCACGCCGACUGCGAGAAGUUCCGCCAUCCUCUGCUCCAUAUACAGAAAACACCUGCCGACUGUCCCGUCAUUGCUAUAGACUCAUUCAGACACAUGUAUGUCUAUCCCGACUUCAAAGACCUCAAUAUCCCUGGCAAGCUGAGACAGUUUGUGUUGGACCUUCACUCUGGGAAGCUUCACCGAGAGUUUCACCAUGGUCCUGACCCCACGGACAGCACACCCGGACAGGAGGAGACGGGAGAAGUGGCCAGCAGCCCUCCAGAAAGUUCAUUCAUGAAGCUGGCGCCCAGCGAGACUCGCUACACCAUCCUCAACCGGGACCGUGACGAGCUGUGACCUCAGCAGCCUUCCAGUGAUCCUGUGACUCAAUGCCACGCCCCGGGGUCAGGGAGGGGGUUAGGGUUGGGACAGGCCAGCGGGACAGAACAGCAACACCCAACACCCUUACCGAAGAGAGAGAGAUAGAGAAGAGGAGGAGAAUGAAGAAGAAGAAAAAGAAGAAGACAGGAGUUCAGUCCACAACACAACAUGUUGGAAUAACCUAUAUUUUCAUAACUCUUUCACGUACAAUUUUUAUUUUGGAUCAAAAGGAAAGGGGGUAAAGAAGAAAAAAGUGUGUGGGCAGGGGUUAGGGGCAUUAGGACAUCAAGAGACGUGUUUUUACUUUUAUUUUUUUUUGGAGCUUGUAAAUAUGUUUGUGCUACAUGGGAGUCUCAUUGUUGGUCUAAAUUAAAUGCAGAGUUUUCUUUAUUUUAUUCCUUUCUUUUACAUCACCUGGCUUUUUGUAGAAAAAAAAUCCAGUUCCCUCACUCCAGUUGUACGGUUCUUAUCUGUGGGUAGUCCAGUUCAGCCUGUCUGAGAGGAGACGCUUGCUAGUCUCACUGACCUCACGGCUGCAUCUCAAUAUGACCAACUCUAGUCUAAUUCAUUUGUAUAGCACAAGUUAGAACAACAUGCCUGUUUGAAGUAGCUUUAUCUCCAUAUCUUCUCCACACACACGGAAUCUGAAGGAAUAGAAACAUAUUUUUAAAAGCUUGUUAGGGGAAGACGUAAUUUCAAAUCAUGACUUGAGACUGAAGAUAAAGAGACAGAGCUACUCCAGCCUAUUGAGAUGCACCCCCUUCUCUCCUUGGUACUAAAUGGUUAUAGAUUACGAUGUCUCUUACAGUGCUUAGAAAAAGUAUUGCCCCCUCGGACCUUUUUAUGCGUCACUGUUUUCACAACGCUGAAUCACAGUGGAUGUAAUUAGGAUUUUAUUUUUCAUCAACAAUCGACAGAAAAUAAUGUCAAAGUGAAUGAAUUCUAAAUUCUGUGUUUAGUAGAAGCCUAAAACUGCACAACCCCCAAAACGCACCAACCCUAUCAUGAAGCCUGGUGGUGGCAGCAUCAUGCUGUGUGGAGGCUCCUCUGCAGCGGUAGAAGGUUAAAUUGAUGCAGCAAAGAACAGAGAAAUCCUGGUGAAAACAUGCAGCUAUAGAUGUAUAUUUAACAGCAAGACAACCCCAAACAUAAAGCCAAAUCUAGACGUGGAUGUGAAAGAAUUAGUGUCCAGAUGUUACAGGCCUGUUGAAGUAGACCUAAGGCUGUAACUGUUGCCAAAGGUGCCUCUAUUAUUAUUGUCUUUAAGGACAUGAAUACUUGUGCAAUCAGGAAUUUUGUUAAUUUUGUACCCAAGAAAUCUGAACGUCUUAUUUGUCUGUUCAGUGUCUAAAAUGCUGAUUACCUCCACUAAAGUAAAACAUCAAAUGUCCAAGGGGGGCCGGAUACCUUUUUUAAAGGCACAGUAUUUGCCAUAACACCUCUGAGUUGUGUUCCCGGAAAUCAAAUAAGAGGAAAAAAAACGUUUUGCAAUUCUGUACUUUAAAAGAAUUUAUGAAAUGGCUGUUGUUUUGCUGUUGCCUGUCGUCAAAUGUGUCAUCAUGCUGGGGGAGAAAAGACUGCGUCCUUCCCAGUGUUUUAAAGAGACGAGAGGGGAAAACCCAUGUGAUGAACGGUGGAAAUUUAACAGUCUGCCACUUUAUACAAGUUCUCCUAAAACUGGUUUUGUCUCUUUAUAUGUCUUUGAGGUUUUGGUACAAGUCUAGAUCCCUGAGAUCCCCUGAGCGUGAAUGAAGUCAGAAUAAGAGUGUGGGGGACCCAUUGCUAAAAGUUUGUACUGUGCGUCCUGCCCUUCCGUAGAGGCCAACAGAUGCCUGCAUAGUGACAUAUCAGCCCACAUACAGGAGAGCAACGGGGGGGAGCGUGAUGCCAUUUCUAAACCAGUCAUCUCAGAGGGGAAGAAGAGUAAAAAAAGUAAAUUAAAAACCAUUUUACAGGA